AUGCACUCAACUACAAAUGCUCUUUUUCGCUUUCUUUCUCUCUCCUCCCCUUUCACAAUCACUGAACUGGCCUUAGAGGGGAGCGUUCAGCUUUUCUUAUCCACAUGCGUGUGGAUAAUAUAUGAAUACAUUAUCCACACACGCACAUCUAUCUAUCUAUCUAUCUAUCUAUCUAUCUAUCUAUCUAUCUAUCUAUCUAUCUAUCUAUCUAUCUGCACAGAAAACCUACACAUUCAUCUUAAAUUAAUACGAAACAAUAUUCCUAACCCAAACGGCGGGAUCUAUCUAUCUAUCUAUGAGAGUUUGUUCAUCUAUCUAUCUAUCUAUCUAUCUAUCUAUGACAGUUUGUUCAUCUAUCUAUCUAUCUAUGACUGUGUUCAUCUAUCUAUCUAUCUAUCUAUCUAUGAGAGUUUGUUAUCUAUCUAUCUAUCUAUCUAUCUAUCUAUCUAUCUAUCUAUCUAUGACAGUUUGUUCAUCUAUCUAUCUAUCUAUGACUGUGUUCAUCUAUCUAUCUAUCUAUCUAUCUAUCUAUCUAUCUAUGACUGUGUUCAUCUAUCUAUCUAUCUAUCUAUCUAUCUAUCUAUGAGAGUUUGUUCAUCUAUCUAUCUAUCUAUGACUGUGUUCAUCUAUCUAUCUAUCUAUCUAUCUAUCUAUCUAUCUAUCUAUCUAUGA